AUGCCAAGUGUACUGGAGAGCAUCUCUGUGACUGUGGCAUCUGGAGAGUGCUUAGUGGGGGUUUUGGCUAAUGGCUUCAUUGGACUGGUAAAUUGCAUUGACUGUGUGAAGAGCAGAAGAGUGACCUCAAUUGAUUUCAUCCUUACUGGCUUGGCCAUCUCCAGGAUUGGUACAUUGUUCUCACUAAUAGCAAUUAACCUUGUUGGUUUUUUUGGUUUGGAAAGAAAUUCCAUUGGUAAUCUGGUGUAUUUAGAAAUUAUCUGGAGCCUCAGCAACCAUUCAAGUGCCUGGUUUGGAAGUUGCCUCAGUAUCUUCUAUUUUCUGAAGAUUGCCACCUUCUCCCAUCCUGCCUUCCUCUGGCUGAAGUGGAGAAUUAGCAAGGUGGUCCUCAGGAUGCUGAUGGGAUGCUGGCUCAUAUCCUUGUUCAUUAUCCCUGCAAUGGCAGGGAGAAUUGCUAAGAUUAAGAUAGUUUCCAUUGAUCAAGGAAAUCAAACAGUUACUCAAAAUAACCGAGGAUUUAAAACCCUGAUGUUUUCCACCCUGAUUCUCUCCAGUACUGGGGGUUUGGUCCCCUUUGCUCUAUCCCUCAGCUCCUGUUUCCUGUUAGUGCUGUCCUUGUGGAGGCACACCCAGCACAUGCAUCUCAAGGUCAUGGGCUCCAGGGAUCCCAGUACAGAGGCCCAUGUGAGGGCUAUGAAAGCCAUUGUCUCCUUUCUUUUCCUCUUUCUACUAUACCAUUUGGGCAUCAUCAUAGCCAUCUUUAACAUGUCUGUGCUUCACAGUAAACUUGUGGCAAUGUUUUCACUGAUAGCCAUGAACCUCUAUCCCAUGACCCACCCCAUUAUCCUAAUUCUGAGUCACAGCAAGCUGAGGCAGGCCUCUCUGAGCGUACUGGGGAAGCACAGACUGCCUCAAAGUCCCUGGGAAAGUCUAAGUGGCAGAGACUGA